AUGAUGUCUGAUAACCAUCCCAUCACUAUCAUAAAUGGCGAAUAUGCUAUGGAAAACGAGAUCGGUAGGGGCUCGUUCGCCACCGUCUACAAGGGACAUCGAACAGAUGAUAAAAGUCAGCAUAUAGCUAUCAAGGCUGUUUCGCGAUCCAAGUUGAAGAACAAGAAACUGCUGGAGAACCUUGAGAUCGAGAUCGCGAUCUUGAAGAAGAUCAAACACCCGCAUAUCGUCGGGCUGAUGGACUGUGAGAGAACUGCGACGGAUUUUUAUCUGGCGAUGGAGUACUGUGCGUUGGGUGAUCUGACUUUCCUGAUCAGGAGACGCAAGGAGCUGAUGGAGAAUCAUCCGUUGCUGAGAACGGUGUUCGAGAAGUAUCCUCCACCCAGCGAGCAUCAUAACGGGCUUCAUAGGGCGUUUGUGAUAAGUUAUUUGCAACAACUUGCGUCAGCUUUGAAAUUUCUGAGGUCCAAGAACCUUGUUCACAGAGAUAUCAAACCGCAGAAUCUUCUUUUAGCGACGCCACUGGUUGGCUAUUCUGACUCUAAGACGUUUCAUGAACUAGGCUUUGUUGGGAUAUACAAUUUGCCGAUCCUGAAGAUCGCGGACUUCGGCUUCGCGCGGUUCCUACCAAAUACGUCUUUGGCAGAGACGCUUUGCGGCUCUCCGCUGUACAUGGCCCCAGAGAUUCUGAACUACCAGAAGUACAAUGCCAAAGCGGAUCUGUGGUCUGUAGGGACCGUGGUUUAUGAGAUGGCCUGCGGGAAGCCACCAUUCAAGGCCUCCAACCACCUGGAACUGUUCAAGAAAAUUAAGAAAGCGAAUGACAUCAUUGCCUUUCCAGCCCAGUGCGAAGUAGAGCCCGCUUUAAGGGACUUGGUUUGCAGUUUGCUGACGUUUGACCCUAACCACAGGAUCGGAUUCGCUGAGUUUUUUGACAAUAAGUUGGUAAACGAGGAUCUUUCCCGUUAUGAGCUGGAAGAUGCGAUCUCAGAGCUGGAGACGAAGUCAAAGGAUGUUGUUGAAAGCAAUAUGUUUAUCUCAGAGUAUCUGACCGGGCCUGCUAAGGGGCAGUCAGGCCUGAACGUACACAAGAAUGCGAACGCAGUCUUCAAUAUAGGCUUAAAACCAUUGACUACCACUAAAACCAACGAGAAGCCAAAUGCAAAUAUGGGUAGAGAAGCAGAAAGCUUGAGUCCUACGUCGGCGACUGGUAUUAAUGCCGCACGCAUUAUCAAACGAACGUCGUCUGUUGAUAGACCGAGGAACGCAGAUUCGGGAUCAGACCUCAUACUGGAAAAAGAGUACGUUGUCGUGGAAAAGAAAAGCGUAGAGGUCAAUGUACUAGCUGACGAAUUUGCCCAAGCAGGUUCAGGUUCUGUUCUUUUGCAACCAAGUGCUCAUCAACAGAUGCUACAUGUGCCGGGAUCUAGUAGUAUCUCAAUGGCCGCGGCAGCGCAGCAGCUGCAGCAGCAAACGCCUCCUCAGUUACUAAGGAAUCGAAAUGCUCGCGCAUCCACUGGGAGUAGCUCUUCUCGGCGCCCAUCACUCGUCGAUCGUCGCUUAUCAAUAACAUCGCUCAAUCCAUCCAAUGCGCUGUCAAGAGCUUUGGGUAUCGCUUCAAGUAGGUUAUUUGGCUCUAGUGCUAAUACUGUCACUGACGUACAGCAACAAGUUUCCAACUCAUCUUCGCCUAAUUACAAGCCAUCAUUGCUUAAUCCCAGGAUAUUUCAAGACCUAACAGAGAAUAUUAUUCUGCGAGUGGAACAUCUGAAAGACGAAGAGCCUAAAAAGUUGGACAGCAAUACUAUUGUUCCGCUGCUUGAGAGAUUGUCUGCCAAAGCCUUUGUCAUUUUCUCCUACGCCGAGGUUAAAUUCUCACAAGUUGCUCCUUCAAGAGGCUUCAAUUUUGAAAAGAGAUUGAGCAAUGGCAGCUGCGCUAUCGAAGAAGAGGAAAGUUCCGAGGAUGUCAAUCCCUUAGUGAAUUCUAGCUCUCGGAAUAGAAACUCUGGGUCAGGCAAUUCCCAAAAUAGCCAAACGAUCAAUGAGCUUCCUACGGCUCAGAUUCGCCACUUAUGUACGGAAGCGAUCGUUCUGUACAUGAAGGCACUAUCAAUUUUGGCCAAGGCAAUGCAAAUGACGUCCACUUGGUGGUAUGAUCCACAGGAAAAGGUGUUCUCCCUGCGAUUAAAUCUUCUUGUUCAAUGGAUUAGAGAGAAAUUCAAUGAAUGUUUAGAGAAGGCCGACUUUCUACGAUUGAGGCUUGCUGAUUUGAGAUCUACCAAUGUUAGCGAUGAUACUAUUCAUGGUAAGGAGCAAACAGCUGAAGGAUCUACUCGAGAUGGCGAUCCUAUGGAGUCGAAAAGUAAGGGAUCUCACCAUACAGAUCAUGAAUCUUGCUCUGCAGAUGAGCCCGUUUAUCUAGAGAAGGUUCUGUAUGAUCGUGCGCUAGAGAUUUCCAAGGCGGCCGCUAAAGUGGAGAUACAGGGUGAACACUUAAGCAACUGUGAGCUGGCGUACGCCACGUCAUUGUGGAUGUUAGAAACUUUGCUGGACGAACCCAGCGGCGAUGAUUUAUAUGGGGAAACCGAUGGGGCUACUAUUGGUGUUUUGGAUGAUCAGGAUAAAAAAAUCAUAAGGAAAUAUAUAGACAGCAUCGCCAAUCGUCUGAAAGCGUUGCGGGAGAAGAUUUAUCAAGGAUGA